AUAAGCGUGUAAGCGAGUAAUUAUUUUUACUUGGCAGAAAUGGAAGAUAAAAAAUAAACAGUACUUACUUUAUUUUAUGUGUACAAUCACCUGCUAGUAUGCACUGUUUUUCCAUUACCCCAGAAUGAGACCUUUGUAUUUAAAAACAUAUACUUUAUUUUAAACUUUAUACUUCCUCUGUGUGAACCGUUUGUCAGCUGAUCAGAUUAUGACUCACACUGCCGCCCUGUGGCGAGAGAGGGAACAGACUGCGUGAUGACGCCUCCUGCCAAACUGCGCUACUUACGCAUAUUGACGCAGCUUUACGUCGCGACGUAAGCACAUGCACCUCGCUGCUUCCAGGUUACCCCCUGUUUUUUUUCAUUCCGCCCUCAUCCUCUCACUCCAGCAUCACUCCCUGACAACAGCAGCGAUGGCGGAGCCCGUAGCGUCGGAUGCAGCAGCAACAGCAUCCCCGAGUCCGGGCCUCUCUCCCACAGCCAGCCCGGGCUCCGAGCCUCCAUCCGUGGCUCUCUCCCCCACGGCGGACGGCUCCCAGCGACUGCUCUUCUCACACGACCUGGUCUCCGGGCGGUAUCGCGGCUCAGUUCGGUUUGGCCUUGUACGGAUGAUCCACGGCGAGGAGGAUUUUAACUCAGAUUCGGACCUCGACGAUGGCGGAGGGAGACGCGGCGGCGGUGGAGGAGGCGGCGGCGGUGGAGGCGGAGGAGGACGAGGAGCCCCUUGUGGUUCUGACACGGAGAGUGUUGUGGACACCCCGAGUCAGCCCCUCGGCAGGGGAUUUGUUCGCGUCCAGUGGUACCCCGAAGGAGGAAAGCAGGACAUCAGGGAGACAAAGCUGAAACUUGAAGACCGAUCCAUUGUCAUUAGAGACAUUGUGCGACGAAACCAUUCGAAUGACAACCAGUGUGGUAUUGUUACCAACAUCGACAUCGAAUGUGCAGUGAAACUAGUGGGAACAAACUGUGUUUUGUAUCCAGUUAACAGCAAAGACCUGCAGCACAUCUGGUCCUUUAUGUACGGUGACUACAUUGCGUAUGACUUCUGGCUGGGGAAGGUGUACGACCUGACUAAUCACAUCAUCCUCAAGCUCUCCAAUGGAGCCAGGUGCUCCAUGAGCGUGGAGGACGGCGCCAAGCUUUAUGACGUCUGUCCACAUGUCAGUGACUCGGGCCUCUUCUUUGACGAGGCAUACGGUUUCUACCCAGGUCAGGUCCUCAUCGGUCCUGCCAAAGUCUUCUCCAAUGUGCAGUGGCUAUCGGGGGUUAAACCUGUUCUCAGCAGGAAGUGCAAGUUCAGGGUGGUGGUAGAAGAGGUAAAGGUGGUUGAACUGAAGGUGACAUGGAUCACUAAGAGCUACUCCCCAAAAGGCUCCGACAGUGUAUAUCCACCUGCCUCCACCAUCACACAGGAGAAUCUCUGCAGGGUGCGACGUCUUGGUUAUUAUGACCACACCCAGAGGCAGCUGGGGGAGAGGGCCCUCUACAUCUUCCCGGCCAAGGGAGAUGCCACGCGCAUCACCUGUGAAGGACCUGAGGGAGCAGCCAUCCUGCCAGAAGAUCCUGUGGCCAGAAAGUUGAAACGGAUGUUCAAGAAGGAUUUGGGAAAGAAGAUGGAGAACACUGACACACAAGGUGAACACAAAUCAGAGCAGACAGACUCUUCCCAGCCCAACAACAACAAUGGUCCCGUGGUGUCUGUCCAGAAUUCCCUGGACCCCCAGAACACCAACGACACCUCAGCCGAGCACACAGAGCAGGAUGCUGAUGAUGAGGCUGCAGAAGAUACUGACGACACCAGUUCUCUGACGUCAUCGGCGAGCUCCACCGCCUCCUCACAGAGCGGCGGUCUGGGAACGAACCGAAAGAAGAGCAUCCCUCUCUCCAUCCGCAACCUGAAGAGGAAGCACAAAAAGAAGAGGACCAAGUUCUCACGGGAGUUCAAGCCUGGAGACCGGGUGGCAGUGGAAGUUGUGUCCACUAAGACCACUGCCGACGUGAUGUGGAAGGACGGGCGAGUGGAAAAGGGGAUCCGAUCAAACAACCUCAUCCCGAUCCAACACCUCGACAGCCACGAGUUUUGUCCCGGAGACUUUGUGGUGGACAAACGACCUCAAGCCCUGCAGGAUCCAGGAGUGUACGGUGUGAUCCAGUCCGGCGAUCACAAGGGCAGAACGUGCGUUGUUAAAUGGAUCAAACUCAACCCCACGAGUGACGACGUGGAGGUCAUCGGUAUGGAGGAGGACGUCAGUGUGUACGACAUUGCAGAUCACCCAGACUUUCACUUCCGCACCACGGACAUCGUCAUCAGAAUAUGGAACUCGGAGAACGGACAGAAUGACUGUGAAAAUGAAACAUCUGUAGGUCAGGUGUCCAGGGUGGAUGUGAGCAGCAAAGUGGAGGUGGUGUGGGCAGACAACUCCAUGACCAUCGUCCUGCCGCAGCACCUCUACAACGUGGAGUCCGAGAUCGAGGAGACGGACUACGACUCUGUGGAGGAAACCAGCAGCGUCCUGUCCACGGAGGAGUGGGAAGACGAGAGUGACAGCUGGGAGACGGAUAACGGCCUCACCACUGAAGAUGACAGUUACGUCAACAACGCCGAUGUCACCGACACGGCGACCCCGACCCCCACGCCCACUGGAACCACAGCCUUCAUCAUCCCCCCACAGGAGGGCAAUAAAGCUGGGGUCACCAGCCCCACUAAAGCACUUACUGGAGAGGACGGAGACGCUUCUCUGGCUGUUGCCAGUCCUUCUGGAGGAGGAACGACUCCAGGAGGAGCAGUGAACGGAGCGGAGAAGCCCAGUAAAGAUGGUGCCUCCCGGGGCUUUAGGGAGUUGAAAGAAGCCUUGAAAAUCCUGGAGAGCCUAAAGAACAUGACUGUGGAGCAGUUGUUGACCGGUGGCUCGCCAACAUCUCCGACCGCCGCUGAACCAACUUCCACAGCUAACAUAGCCAGUUCAGUGACGCCUGCGCCUUCGGAGAAACCCACUAAGGAGAAACGCUUUCUGGAUGACAUUAAGAAGCUGCAGGAGAACCUGAGAAAGACGCUGGAUAAUGUGGCCAUCGUCGAGGAGGAAAAGAUGCAGGCUGUGGUGGAGGCAGGCGGGAGUGGAGGAGCAGCGACCGAGGUUUGUGUUAAACAAGUGGAGAGAGCUGGAGAUGAAAAGCCCCAGCAGGAGCCACAGACACCUGUUGGUGGACAAGAGUGGCCCAGUGAGUUUCUCAGCGACACGCCAGUACUGUGCCAACAGAGCGGUGGCAAGCCUGGCGUCACCUUCACCAGUGCCAAGGGAGAGGUGUUCUCUGUGCUGGAGUGGGCACCAGACACUCACUCAUUUAAGAAAAUGGAAUUUCAGCCAGCCGAAGCAAAGAAGUUCUUCAGCACAGUGAGGAAGGAAAUGGCUCUGCUGGCAACGUCACUGCCGGAUGGCAUCAUGGUCAAAACAUUUGAAGAUCGCAUGGAUCUGUUCUCGGCUCUGAUCAAAGGACCGACCCGCACACCCUAUGAAGACGGCCUUUUCCUGUUUGACAUCCAGCUGCCCAACAUCUACCCAGCUGUGCCGCCGCUGUUUCGCUACCUGUCGCAGUGCAGCGGUCGCCUCAAUCCCAACCUCUACGACAAUGGCAAAGUCUGCGUCAGUCUACUCGGCACCUGGAUUGGAAAGGGCACAGAGAGAUGGACCAGUAAAUCCAGUCUGCUGCAAGUUCUCAUCUCCAUACAAGGCCUUAUCCUAGUCAAUGAGCCUUACUAUAAUGAGGCCGGCUUCGACAGUGACCGAGGCCUUCAGGAAGGGUAUGAGAACAGCCGCUGUUACAACGAGAUGGCCCUGAUUAAGAUGGUUCAGUCUAUGACGCAGCUUCUGCAGAGUCCUGUAGAUGUUUUCAAGCAGGAGAUUCAAGAGCACUUUAACUCAAACGGGUGGCGCCUCGUCCACCGCCUUGAGGUGUGGCUCGAGCUGAACGACGCUGCUGAGAGGAGCCACUCGCACGUGUCCUGCAGGGGUUCGCACUCUAAAGACCGACCCUCGUCUGUGGAGCCUCUGGACGAGCAGCUGCCCCUGGGAUCGGGGCCUGUGGCAGUGGCACACAGCAGCCCCAGUAAGCCCGGUGAGGAGGGGGUCAUGGGAGUUACCAGUAUCAUGGAGGAGGAGCUGGAGGAUUCAGGGCUGAGUCUCUCCACCACAGCAGCUUCUCAGCAGGAGCUGAGCCAGACCUCAGACUGUGACAGCAGCAGCCAGGUAAAGGCCUCUCUGGGUGGCGACAACAGGGCUGUGUCCACAGUGCCCAGCUCUGUCCGUGGUGGGACAUCAGAAUCCGGUUCUGUCACAGUUAGCGGAGGAGGGGUUGGCUCCACUGGAAGCCAGCCAGUGGUGCGACCAAAGAAACGUAGAAAGAGCUACAGGAGUUUCCUCCCGGAGGGCAGCGGCUACCCGGAUAUCGGCUUUCCACUCUUCCCGCUCUCUAAAGGAUUUGUGAAGAGUGUCCGAGGUGUGCUGCUGCAGUACCGAGCUGCGCUGGCCGCUGCCGGCUUCAUUGAGCACACAGAGGACAAGUAAGUGCCUCGUCGCCAUUCCCAGACUGUCCUCUGCACUGCUUCCUGCUCUUUUCCCCCUUCAUCUCUGCUAACUUUUUCAUCUGCCUCAAGCUUUAGAGGAGGAUCCAUUACUUAUCUUGUCCAGAACUGCACUGCGCCCCAGCACUGCCUACAUUUUGUCCUUUAACUCCAUUCCUAAGUCUGUACUGCUCCUGCUGCCCCCAAUCUCCUCAACAGUUUGCCUUUUGUCUCCCAUAAUCCCAAUAAUCCCAAUAAUCACAACUGCAGGAGAAAAGCAUCUUUGAUCAGGAGACUGAGCAAACUGGUUUGGAUGCAACUUGAUAAUAAUGUCUUUGUUUUCCUUUAGUGUCCUUGCAGAUGAGUGUUAUGGAUAAAGCUGGGUGGCGCUCACAUAGGCACCAUCAUCUUUUAAAGGAUGCAGGUAAAAUUAAAGAGCUUUUACUGGAGGUAAACAAAGUUUUUUUUUUUAGUCCCCGUCAGCCUCAGCAGGACUUCAGUGGCAGUGACGUGGAUGUAAAAAGGACAGAAUCAGAUGAAGAGAGAAAAAAAUCUGUGCCAUGAACUCUCUCCCGUCCACCUCAUUCGCCUCCAGCAAGCUUCCACCACACUUGUUCAAUCUGCCUGAAAAACAGACUGGGUUCCACUGGAAAAGAAAAAACUGCAAAUCCCAGCUCGCUUGGCUGUUGAGCUCACUGCGACUCUCUGUAGCACUACUAAAUAUUAUUGCUGAAAACAUCCUGCACUACAACACACACACGGACAACCUGGUCUGGAAGACACUGACCAGGAGGAGUCGUUUAAGUAGAAGUGACGCUUUCUGCCAAAUUGCUCUCUGUUCACAAAUAAACGCACACACUCGGACACAAAUGGUCCAGUAGAAUGUACUGAAUGUCAGUAAAACUGCCAACAACAGCUUCACCAAUUUGUCCACUACACUUGCUGGUAUUUGUCCUUCGCCAAUCACUCGCACUGAACCACGCGACAAACACCCAACGAGUGACAACGUUUACAUAAGAAUCACCCGCGCGGGUCAGACUGCUGUAGCUGUUUGGUGUGAAGAGAAGCCGGUCAAGGUAAAGGACGACGGUCUGUGCUCUAGUCCAACGAGAAAUGGGAUUGGGCCUGAAGAGACUGUACUGUUCAGUGUGGAGCUUAUUUACCCAUGAUGCUCGUCACUGCUGUGACGGACACGAAACCACAUCACUGCAAAUGACACAAUUUAAAGAAUAAACAAAAAAAGAGAGAAGGAAAAUCCAUUCCAUCAUUUCUUGUCAACAUGUUGCCUUACUUGAAAUGUUAGACCAUUGUGUGCAGAACUGCUGUGUCAUGAUUCAGGCAUUCACACACAC